ACUGCUUUGUCUUCCGUCUCCAGCAAUUUGCAUUUUGUGAUAUUUUUCGCCCCUCAAACCAAAAACAACAUCUUGUCGUCGGCGAGAGACCAGAAUAAAUACUGAACGAGAUGUCAUUUUCUCAUAUCCGUGCAUUGCCACAAAUACAAAUACUCACUGAUAUUUUCCUGUUUCCUGUCUCGUAUUUUCAUCAUUCAUCAUGAGAUGCCGGUGACUUUUGAGACUCCACCUUCGACGGCAGUUGACGACGGUUUGUCAUCAACUGGAACAAAAAAAAACAUGGAAGUAACAAUGGAAGAUCGCUCUGUCAAAGCUGAUAAGGCUGAUAGAGAUGAUAACAAUACUACCUCCACCGAACUGCUUGGUAAAAUGCGUCAAACAAAAGUGAUCAGUACAAACCAAAACAAUAAUCAUUUGAUUGAUCGUAUGGUGUCAAUAUAUGAGAUGGAAAUGAUCAAAUCCCAAUCCACAGAAACUAUCAGCGAUGUAUCAGACGUUUUAGAAUUUACGGUUAUCGAUAAUUGUUCACACGGUACACAUACUCUUGAACAUGAUCUCAGGCUUAAAGGAGAGCCUAUUGGCAAGUCGGAAUCUGUUAAAGGUGUUAGCAGAAGCCUUAUUAUUCAAAUUGGGAUGACUGUGAUAUUCUGCGCACUUGAAUUCAUCACGGGAGUCGUCUGUUCAUCUAUUGCAAUGCUUGCUGACAGUUACCAUAUGGCAGCCGACGUGAUGGCGCUCAUUGUGGCAUUCACGUGCAUUAAAAUCGCUACUCGCCCUUCCACGCGCCUCGGAUACGGCUGGGUCCGUGCUGAAACACUUGGAGGAUUCUUCAACGGAAUCUUUAUGUGUACGGUAUGUGUUCUCGUGUUUCAAGAGGCAGUUGGACGUAUCAUCAAUGUACACAUGAUUACACACCCUCUACAAGUACUUGUCAUCGGAUUCAUCGGAUUGCUAAUCAACUUAUUCGGUAUGUUCAACUUGAGUGGUCACGGUCACAGUCAUGGAGGCGGAAGUCAUGGUCACAGUCACGGAGGAAGUCAUGGUCACAGUCACAAUAACAAGAAGACUAAGAAAAAUGAUGGGCAUGGUCACAGUCAUGCAAAUGGCCAUGGACACUCUCAUGAUGGGAAAAGUGAUUGCAAUGGUGAAGAAGAGCCGGAUCACACUAGAUUGAAUGGAAAAUUUCGAAGUGCUUCUGCGAUGGCAAACUCCGACGCCAAUGUGCGACUACUGGAUAAUGAUGACAACUCCAAUGACAUUAUUGAACGUCGUCUUUCUGGAGUUAAUAGUCAGAAUACCAUCAUCGCGACGGUCGAUCGUCAAAUGACACCAUAUGGAACACACAUGGCCAGUGAAGUUCUCAAUGUGUCUUCUAACAAUCUCGAUAAAAGUGCUCAAAAGACAGAACAGAAAAAAGACAAAAAUGUGAACAUUCACGGAGUUUGGCUUCAUUUAUUGUCGGAUGCCUUCGGAUCUGUGAUCGUCAUGAUUUCUGCCGGAUUUGUAUACUUUUUGCCAACAUGGAAAAUUGCCGCUUAUUUGGAUCCAAUUUUAAGUAUUUCCCUGGCCUCCAUCAUGGGUUUCACUGCAGUGGUUCUUGUCAAAACAUCGGGAGAAAAGCUGCUCAAGCAAACCCCAGAAGGGCUCGACCUCGAAAAGGUGAAAAAAGAUUUGUGCAGCAUUGUUGGUGUAUCCAAAGUGGAAAAGCUGUCUGUGUGGACGUUGUGUGGGCAACGAAUCAUUGCUGCCGCCCACGUGAACAUAUGUCACCCAGCAGUUUUUCCUGAAGCUGCUUAUAAAAUUAAAAAUUAUUUCCACGACUUGGGAGUACACUCAACGACUAUUGAACCCACCUUUGAGGAUACCUGCAUGCAGUCGAUGAGAAUAAUGGUUAAAAAAGUUGUUGAUGGCAAAAGCAUCGAGGAGCCAGUCAGUGUGUCAACUGAAAAUGAAAUCACCGAAUAAUCGUUCAAACAACUAUUUUAUUUUUGAUUAAAAAAUUUUGAACUUCGCGGGCCGAAAAUACCAACAUUAAAAUGUACUUUUUCUUCUCCUUGAAACUAUGUUUUUGCAUUUGAUCGUUUUAGCAUCUCAACAUCUACUCACCUUUCUUAGUUUCCUUCAUUAACCGUAUAAUUUUUUCCACAAUCUGGUCAAAAACUCGUCAAACUAUUUAAUUUAUACGUGUCAAUCCAUUUCCCCACCCCCAUUUACUGAAGUGUCCUUACUUUGUGUCUACCAAUUUUCACUUACGCCUACUUGUUUUGUUACCCUUCAGUAAGAAUUUCUCUAAAUUUCUAGAGUGAUAAAAAAUAAUAAAUGAAAUAUCCA